AUGUCCAUCUCCAACAUGACAGUCUUCAUGCCUUCUGUGUUGACACUAAUAGGGAUCCCAGGCCUAGAGUCUGUGCAGUGCUGGAUCGGGAUUCCAUUCUGUGUCAUGUAUCUCUUUGCUUUGUUUGGAAAUUCUUUACUUCUGAUCAUCAUCGUUUCAGAGCGCAGCCUCCAUGAGCCCAUGUACAUUUUCCUAGGCAUGCUUGGAGUCACAGAUAUUGUACUUGGCACAAGCAUUGUGCCCAAGAUGCUUGGCAUAUUCUGGUUCGAUAUACCAGAGAUUUAUUUUGAUUCUUGCUUGCUUCAAAUGGGGUUCAUCCACACAUUUGAGUGCAUAGAGUCAGGUAUCCUCCUGGCCAUGGCCCUGGACCGUUAUGUGGCCAUCUGUUAUCCCCUCAGAUAUACUGCUAUCCUCACCCACCAGCUGGUCACCCAAAUAGGGGCUGUGGUAACACUCAGGGCUGCCAUUCUGGCAGCCCCAUCUUUAAUACUAAUAAAGUGCCGGUUGCAAUUUUACCAUACAACCAUCAUCUCCCACUGCUACUGUGAGCAUAUGGCCAUCGUGAAGCUGGCUGCAGAAAAUGUGCGGGUCAAUAAAAUCUAUGGCUUGUUUGUGGCAUUUGCUGUUGCAGGAUUUGACCUGAUAUUCAUCACUUUGUCCUACAUAUUGAUAUUUAUCACAGUUUUUCAUUUGCCCCAGACGGAGGCUCGGUGGAAAGCAUUCAACACCUGCAUCGCCCACAUCUGUGUCUUCCUCCAGUUCUACCUCCUCGCCGCCUUCUCCUUCUUCACACAUAGGUUUGGUGCUCAUGUUCCCCCUUAUAUCCAUAUCCUCUUUUCUAGCCUCUACUUGCUGGUCCCCCCAUUUCUCAAUCCACUUGUCUAUGGUGCCAACACCAAGCAGAUCCGCAUCAAUGUAGUAAAGAUGUUUUGUUCAUAA